GGGACCGAGAUGCACGCGCUGUACUUUACUUUCAUUCAUCUGCACAGCGGCUAGAGGAUGGAGCUCGACUCCUUGUGUGGAGCGCAUGUCUGCUCAGUGCUCUGUGUUUGAUGACAAGCAGCGAAGCAACAAUUUACCUGGAAUUAUUUUUCAUGUUCGUUAAAGCACAGUUGUUUCCUGAAUCAUGAGCGACAUCUACGAGUCUGCAGCCAAUUCUCUGGGUUUGUUCAACAGCCCCUGCCUGACCAAAGUAGAGCUGCGGGUCGCCUGCAAAGGCAUCUCAGACAGGGAUACCCUCUCCAAGCCGGAUCCCUGUGUGGUCAUCAAAAUGCAGUCCCAUGGCCAGUGGUUGGAGGUGGACAGGACAGAGGUGAUUCGGAGCUGUUUAAACCCCACGUUUUCUAAGGUCUUCACCCUGGACUUCUACUUCGAAGAGGUCCAGCGACUACGUUACGAGCUCUACGACAUCAGCAGUGGUCAUAAUGGCACGAGAGAGGUGGACUGCCUGGGAGCCAUGGAGUGCACACUGGGCCAAAUCGUCUCCCAGAGAAAAUUCACCAAAGCCCUGCUUAAACAGGGCAACACAGUUGGGAAAUCGUCUAUCAUGGUCACCACUGAGGAGCUGACAGGAAAUAACGAUUAUGUCGAACUCUCAUUCAGUGCGAGGAAGCUGGAUGAUAAGGAUUUUUUCAGCAAGUCGGAUCCUUUCUUAGAGAUCUACAGGGUAAAUGAUGACAACACUCAGCAGCUAGUGCACAGAACAGAGACUGUCAUGAAUAACCUCAAUCCCAUGUGGAAGACCUUCAAGACAUCCCUUAACUCACUCUGUAGUGGAGACCAUGAAAGAAUACUGAAGUGUACAGUGUGGGACUGGGACUCGAACGGAAAGCAUGAUUUCAUAGGGGAGUUUCAAGCUACAUUCAAAGAGAUGCGAUCAGCAAUGGAUGGAAGACAGGUCCAGUGGGAAUGCAUAAACCCCAAAUAUAAAGUCAAGAAGAAGAAUUACAAGAACUCUGGGAUUGUCAUUCUGAAUCAGUGCAAGAUCAUUAAGAUGCAUUCCUUUCUGGACUACAUCAUGGGUGGUUGCCAAAUACAGUUUACAGUAGCGAUUGAUUUCACAGCCUCUAAUGGGGAUCCUAGAAACAGUUGUUCGUUACACUACAUCCACCCCUACCAGCCUAACGAGUAUCUGAAAGCUUUAGUCGCAGUGGGGGAGAUUUGCCAAGACUAUGACAGUGACAAAAUGUUCCCAGCGUUUGGCUUCGGUGCUCGAAUACCUCCAGACUUCAAGGUUUCACAUGACUUUGCAGUAAACUUCAACGAGGACAACCCAGAAUGUGCAGGUAUCCAGGGUGUAGUAGAGGCCUACCAGAAUUGCCUUCCUAAGAUCCAGUUGUACGGUCCCACAAACAUUGCCCCCAUCAUCCAGAAAGUGGCCAACUUUGCCUCUGAGGAGAUGCACACCAAAGAGGCCAUGCAAUACUUCAUCCUGCUCAUCCUGACGGACGGAGUGAUCACAGAUAUGGCGGACACUAGAGAGGCGAUCGUCCACGCCUCUCACCUGCCCAUGUCUGUCAUCAUCGUGGGAGUUGGAAGUGCAGAUUUCACUGACAUGGAGAUGCUGGACGGUGAUGACGGAAUCCUUCGUUCGCCUAAAGGGGAACCAGUGUUGCGUGACAUCGUACAAUUUGUGCCGUUCCGUAACUUCAAACAUGCCUCUCCUGCUGCUUUGGCGAAAAGUGUCUUAGCCGAAGUCCCAAACCAGGUGGUGGACUAUUACAACAGCAAGGGGAUCAAGCCCAAGUGCCCAAGCGAGUAUGAGUCUUCCAGGACGUUUGGCCACUGAAGCGCCGUUACAAAAACUAGCACGUUUCUGUGAAUUUGAAACCUAAUCUGUUCUACUUUGUUUUGUGUGCAUGCGUAGCCUGUGAGGCUUGCAUAGGUGUUGCAAUGCUACCGUUCCUAUUAUGUACAUGUGUACAUGUACAGACUUACAACCAUGAAGAAAGCAAAAACUCAAAAAGUUCUACUGAUGUAAGCAUGAUGACUGGGAUUAGAUGAAGAAUAGUUGGAUUAUCUGUUGUUUUCUUUUCUAUAAAGGUUUAUUGAAAUUUUGCUAAAUUUCGUAAUGUUCUUACAUUGUAAAGCAUUUUGGAUCUUAGAGAAUGAAUAGUUAUUUGAAUUAGAUUAUGUGUGGACAUUUAGGCUUUCUUUUUCUCUAUUGUUUUUGUUCUUUUUUGCAGAUGCAGGGCCAGAUGCAUGAUUGUAUUUUGCAUGUUAAUAAUAACCCAGCCUCGUUUUUCUACCGGUUCCUUUUGGGGCCUGUAAUAUGAUUUCAUGUGAAGCUGCUCUUCUGAAACCAGUCCACAAAUUAAAAUUUAGAAUGAAGUAUUUUUUGGUAGUUUUAAGUGAUGUAACAAAUUGUUUGAAAAUAAAGUUUGUGUUA